ACUAACAGCAAACACAAGCUAUACGCCAUAAGUUAGCCUUGUUCUCUCUAUCCGAUCUUUGCCUUUAAGCCAUCAUCACCAUGCUCGGCCUAGCAAACAAUGUGACUACCAAGGUGGCCUCAGUAGUCCACUCUACUCAGCAGACCAUUGCUGGGGAGCUUAGCCUGUUUGCUAUGUCUGAUAAGAAAAUCUUGGAUGAGAUUUACACAACUCAUGUCCAUGCUGAUGAAUCAUUUGAUGAUGAUUCUCUCUUCGUCAUUGUUGAGAACAUUCUUAAGCGUGCAACUCAAACGGUUGACAAAAUUGUACAGGGUACCCAAGUGCAUGUGGAAGACAUAGAGGAGAAGAUCCCCAAACCCAACUUCAGUGUACCACUGUGCACUCUUAAGGGAAUCUCAUGCGAGAUGCAAUGCAAGCCUCCUGGUGAGGAAAUCGCCCACAAGACAACACUGGCGAUACUCAACAAGCUGUCACAUUAUUCAUGGGAAGCGAAGGCAUCACUGACCCUAGCAGCUUUUGCCAUGGAAUUUGGUGAAUUCUGGCUCCUCGCAGACCUUCGCGAAUCAAACCACCUUGCCAAAUCAAUUGCAAUUCUCAAACGAGUCCCUGUUCUCCUCAAGCCUUCUCAGCUGCAAAAGCGCAGGCAAGCAAUACUUGAGCUUAACAAUCUGAUCAAGGCAACAUUGCAAGUGAUUGAAUGCAUCGACCAGUUCGGCAAGCUUUCCGUUUAUCCCCCAAAAGAUGUCCCUGCUUUGUCGAUAGCAUUGGAACACACCCCGGUGGAUAUCUAUUGGGCUAUCAUGACUGUUGUGGCUUGUGCCACUAAGGUCACUUUACUCACUAGUGAUGAGGAUAAGGAAUUUGAUCUAUCUCCCUAUUCUCAAAAGAUUCACUAUGUGCUUAACAAGCUCAAGAUUCAGCUGAUAGUUUGCCACAAACAAAUUGAGGAGGCAAAGAAUCACAGAUAUAUCUUAAAUCUGCUUCGAAGACCUACUGAAAUUAUGGAAGUUUUUAAGGGUUUGAUAUUUACAAAGGAUAAUGUCCAGCCACUGAUUGAUGGUUCCACUAAACAAACGGUUAACAUCGACGUCCUAAGGAGGAAGAAUGUGCUACUGUUCAUUUCCGGCCUAGACAUUACGGAUGAUGACAUUUCGAUUCUGAAACCGAUCCAUGAGCUCACAAAGAAAGAGAAUCAGUAUAAGAUUGUCUGGGUGCCAAUUGUGGAGAAAUGGACUGAUGAACUUAGAAAGAAGUUUGAAAUCCUGAAGAACAAGAUGCCUUGGUUUACAGUGCAGCAACCUGGACCUAUAGCAGGUAUCAAGGUCAUUAAGGAGGAGUGGAACUUCAAGGGUAAGCCUACAUUGGUGGUGAUGAACCCACAAGGAAAGGUCGAACAUUCUAACGCUCUCCACAUGAUUCGGGUGUGGGGAGUCAAGGCCUUCCCUUUCACAGAGAAAAUAGAAAAAGAGCUUUCACAUUCUCAUGGAGAAAUUCACUCUGUUGUUGAAGGAGUUCACCCAUCUGUGCCAUCUUGGCUCAAAGAAAAUAGGUACAUCUUCUUCUAUGGCGGUAAAGACAACGAAUGGAUUCAGCAAUUCACAAAGAAAGCAACUGCCCUUGCCAAUGAUCCAAUCUUGAAGGAAGCAAAGAUUUACAUAGAGUUGGUAUGCGUUGGAAAAAACAGCAAAGGAGAAGAUGACAAUGGCAUUCUAGGCCGCUUCUGGACCAAUAUAGAAAGCUUGUUCUUGACCAAAGUGGACAAGCAGGUCGACUCAGUAAGUCAAGAAAUCCAGAAGCUUCUCUCUUACAAGAACGAAAGUGGAUGGGCGGUGCUUACCAGAGGAUCGACUGUGUUGGUCACAGGUCAUGGUGUCUCGGUAUUGAAGGUGGUAGAGGACUUUGAGAAAUGGAAGGAGCAUGUCAAGGAGAAAGGGUUUGAGUUUUGUUUCAAGGCCUAUUAUGGGAGGGUAGUUCAAGCUAGUCGACCCUGCUGCCGUCUUGACAUCCCGGGGUCUACCGGAAAGGUGCCGGAGUCAAUGAAGUGCCCGGAUUGCCAGCGUAAUAUGGAGACUUAUAUCAGUUACAAGUGCUGCCACAUUGAUGGUCCUACCGCACAUCACUAAGUGUUAUUUGUACUAUGUCAUGUAUCUUUGCUAGAAUAACUCACAUGUCAUCCCUUCGCCGUGAUGGAUGGACAUGUUGAUGUAUGCCAAGCUUAUGUAUGUUGUGUUUAGUCCUGUUAUGUCUACUAUGGUGAUGUUGUACGGAACAUGUUGAAUAAAAGACCUACUUUUUUUCC